ACAUGGGCACACCGCAGAAGGAUAUUAUUAUCAAGUCAGAUGCACCCGACACCCUAUUAGUGGAGAAACAUCCAGAUUAUAUAGCAUCCUAUGGCUCAAAGAAAGAUGAAUACGAAUACUGUAUGUCUGAAUAUUUGAGAAUGAGUGGCAUCUAUUGGGGUCUGACUGUAAUGGAUCUCAUGGGACAGCUACAUCACAUGAAUAGAGAAGAAAUUCUGACAUUUAUGUCUUGUCAACACGAGUGUGGUGGAAUACGUGCUAGUAUUGGACAUGAUACUCAUCUUUUGUACACUCUUAGUGCUGUCCAGAUUCACUAUGAUAGUAUUAAUGUUAUUGAUGUAAAUAAAGUUGUAGAAUAUGUUCAGAGUCUACAGAAAGAAGAUGGUUCUUUUGCUGGAGAUAUUUGGGGAGAAAUAGAUACAAGAUUCUCUUUUUGUGCAGUGGCAACUUUGGCUCUAUUGGGGAAGCUGGAUGCUAUUAAUGUGGAAAAGGCAAUCGAAUUUGUUUUAUCAUGUAUGAACUUUGAUGGUGGAUUUGGUUGCAGGCCAGGUUCUGAAUCCCAUGCUGGGCAGAUCUAUUGUUGCACAGGAUUCCUGGCUAUUACUAGUCAGUUGCAUCGAGUAAAUUCUGAUUUGCUUGGUUGGUGGCUUUGCGAACAACAGCUUCCAUCAGGUGGACUCAAUGGAAGGCCAGAGAAGUUACCAGAUAUAUGCUAUUCUUGGUGGGUGUUGGCUUCCCUAAAGAUAAUUGGAAGGCUUCGUUGGAUUGACAGAGAGAAACUGUGCAGUUUCAUUUUAGCAUGUCAAGAUGAAGAAACGGGAGGAUUUGCAGACAGGCCAGGAGAUAUAGUAGAUCCUUUUCAUACUCUAUUUGGAAUUGCUGGAUUGUCACUUUUGGGAGAAGAACAGAUUAAACCUGUUAGCCCUGUUUUUUGCAUGCCUGAAGAAAUACUUCGGAGAGUGAACGUUCAGCCUGAACUAGUGAGCUAGAUUAGAUCCCUUGAUGCAAAAGUUGCU